GCUCCGGGGCUCUGCCCAAGUGCCCUGCCUGACCCCUGUCUCCGAGCACACAUUCCUGCAACCCCGUGACCACAACCGGGGACACUGCACAUUCCUGGCCUGGCAGCCGAUGGUGUAAAAAAGAACAGAAUGUCCCAGGGCCCCGCCCAGCCCCCAGCUCCACCUGGGCCCCUCCCUGGGCUGGACAAGGUAGGGGUGGUGGUGAGGAGUCAGAAGGGAAGAGGCUGGACCAGCUGGGUGCUCCUUGUCUAAGUGCUGGGCAGGGCCAGGAGGCAUUCUCACCUUAGUGAUCGGGGAGGAAGCUUGCGGGCGCCUCUUCUCCUUCCUCUCCAAGGCCUGGGGGUGAGGCUGACCCAGGGGUGCCCGUGGAGGGAUUCCCCAGGGAGGGGCCCUGGCUCCUGGAAGCCCACUCUGGGGUGCCCUCCCUGCUCUCCUUGGGAGGGAGGAGCUCCUUUUGAGGCUGGCUCCCUCCUCCUCACUCCCCCUUCUCUGCCUCUCCUCCAUCCCUCCCUCCCAGUCCUCCAACUUCUCCAGUCCAUCCACUUUCCUUUUCCUGCCUUCCCUGUUCUCCUGGUCCCCCCACCUAAGUCUCACUCAUCCUGACUUGCCCUUUUCUCUUUGCUUUGCCUUCCUGGCUUUAUGUUCAGGAUCUUUCACCUGGUUCAAGACCUCUGACCCUCACCUGCCCUUCUGUCUCCUGGUCUCCCUGCCUGCCAGCCCCCCAUCACUCCCAGGCCCUGACUCUUCUCCUGCCGCUGCUUCAACAGCCCCCCCCAGGGCCUUCCCAGUCCCCGUGCUCCUGGUCACCUGCCCUCAGGAGCCCUCCUCCCUCUGGAAAGCGCUCAGCUCUGACUCCUCCUCUGCCCCUCCCCCUGCCCAGCUCACCUUUAAUUGAGAUGCUAAUGAGGCUGCUGUGGCUCCAUCCCUGGCCUGCGGGCGGGCUCCCCGGGCCGGCUGCUGCACCUGUCAGCCAUCCAAGGGCUCAUGAAGGAAGACAAGCGUGAGGAGCCGGGGCCAGGCCCCGAACCGGAGGCCCCCCCGCCACCCACGGAGGAGGAGGAGGCCCUGCUCGAGUUCCACCGCUCCUACCGGGAGCUCUUUGAGUUCUUCUGCAACAACACCACUAUCCACGGCGCCAUCCGCCUGGUGUGCUCGCAGCACAACCGCAUGAAGACGGCCUUCUGGGCCGUGCUCUGGCUCUGCACCUUUGGCAUGAUGUACUGGCAGUUCGGCCUGCUCUUCGGAGAGUACUUCAGCUACCCCGUCAGCCUCAACAUCAACCUCAACUCGGACAAGCUUGUCUUCCCCGCCGUCACCGUCUGCACCCUCAAUCCCUACAGGUACAAGGAAAUUAAAGAGGAGCUGGAGGAGCUGGACCGCAUCACAGAGCAGACGCUCUUUGACCUGUAUAAGUAUAACUCCUCCAACACCCUCGUGGCCCACGCCCGCGGCCGCCGCGACCUGCGGGAGCCCCUGCCACACCCCCUGCAGCGCCUCCCCGUCGCGGCUCCGCCCCACGCGGCCCGCAGAGUCCGCCGCGCCGGCUCCAGCGUGCGGGACAACAACCCCCAGGUGAACAGGAAGGACUGGAAGAUCGGCUUCCAACUGUGCAACCAGAACAAAUCGGACUGCUUCUACCAGACGUACUCGUCAGGAGUGGAUGCAGUGAGGGAGUGGUACCGCUUCCACUACAUCAACAUUCUGUCCAGACGGAAGGACACCUCUUCAUCACUGGAGGAGGACGUGCUGGGCAAAUUCAUCUUCACCUGCCGCUUCAACCAGGUCUCCUGCAAUGAGGCGAAUUACUCUCACUUCCACCACCCAAUAUACGGGAACUGCUACACUUUCAAUGACAAGAACAGCUCCAACCUCUGGAUGUCCUCCAUGCCCGGGGUCAACAAUGGUCUGUCCCUGACGCUGCGCACAGAGCAGAAUGACUUCAUCCCACUGCUGUCCACCGUGACCGGGGCCAGGGUGAUGGUGCAUGGGCAGGAUGAGCCUGCCUUCAUGGAUGAUGGUGGCUUUAACCUGCGGCCUGGUGUGGAGACCUCCAUCAGCAUGAGUAAGGAAGCCGUGGACAGACUUGGGGGCGACUAUGGCGACUGCACCAAGAAUGGCAGCGAGGUCCCAGUGAAGAACCUUUAUGGUACCAAGUACACACAGCAGGUGUGCAUCCACUCCUGCUUCCAGGAGAGCAUGAUCAGGGAGUGUGGCUGUGCCUACAUCUUCUACCCACCGAGCAACAAUUCGGAGUUCUGUGACUACAGGAAGCAUAAUUCUUGGGGCUACUGCUACUAUAAGCUCCAGGAUGCCUUCUCUUCAGAUCGUCUGGGCUGUUUCACCAAGUGCCGGAAGCCAUGCAGUGUGACCUCUUACAAGCUCUCUGCUGGUUACUCACGAUGGCCCUCGGUGACAUCCCAGGACUGGGUCUUCCAGAUGCUGUCCCGACAGAACAAUUACACCAUCAAGAACAAAAGGGAUGGAGUCGCCAAACUUAACAUCUUCUUCAAGGAGCUGAACUACAAAACCAACUCAGAGUCUCCCUCUGUUACGAUGGUCACCCUCCUGUCCAACCUGGGCAGCCAGUGGAGCCUGUGGUUCGGCUCCUCCGUGCUGUCUGUGGUGGAGAUGGCCGAGCUCCUCUUUGACCUCCUGGUCAUCACGUUCCUCAUGCUGCUCCGGAGGUUCCGAAGCCGAUACUGGUCUCCAGGCCGAGGGCGCGGGGGUGCCCAGGAGGUGGCCUCCACGCCGGCCUCGUCCCUCCCCUCCCGUUUCUGCCCCCACCCCGCGUCCCCCUCCUCAUCCCUGCCGGGCCCUGCCCCGUCCCCAGCCUUGUCAGCCCCUCCACCUGCCUACGCCACCCUGGGCCCCCACCCGGCUCCAUCAGGCUCCACGGAGGCCAGCUCCUCUGCCCACACUCCAGGGGAGCCCUGAGAGGGAAGGACAGUGUCCCCUCCCCAAGGCGGCACUUCCACUGGUGGGCGGGGACCAGCCUUGCCAGGAUUAAAGAAUGUUUGGGACUUCCUCUCAGAGCUGCCCAACUGCCUUUGAUGUGGGGGAGGGAAGCAGGAUGGAUAAGGGGCUGCGGAAAUUGCCUGGAGAACCACCGCCAGCAGCGCCUUGGUUCCUGCCCUGUACCCGCUGGUCCUGCCUCAAGAACACUCUGGUUUCCCCACCCAGAGGGCAGACACAUCCUUUUUUCCCCUGGAUCGGCCAAGCCAAACUUGGAUCUUUGACAAAGAACUUUCCUAGGAAACAACUGACGACCAGAACAAAACACAAACAAAGGCGCACAAAGGCACGCGCGGUUUCCUCCUCAAAGAUGACUGGAUUCGGCCCCCGAAUGGCCCUGCACGCUGCUUUCCAGGGACACAGACGUUUGCUCCUUUUCUUGAACUUGGGUGGGGAACCCCACCCAAAAGCCCCCUUGGUUAGUUGCUAGGCAAUUCCCUGUCCCUGACUCCCAGGACAGGGGUUGGAGCAGCCCAAUGUAGUAAAAUUAAAGACUUGGCCAUUCCCAGUAGGAGUCCCAGGACUCUUCUAGCCUCACUACCCCAUCCCCCGAUGGAGCCACACGCCAGUGCCUCUGCCCUGUCCUUGUGCUUUGUAACUCUGCGUAUUUGCUCAAGCUAUUUCCGUAGCCUGGAAGCUUCCCCCACCGUCUGCUGGAGAACUCCUAUGCAUCCCUUAGACCCCUGCUCAGAUACCAUUACUUCUGUGCAGGCUUCUGCCCCAUCUUGUCUUCCCCAGACUUGACCACUUCCCUCUCCUGUGGACUCCCACAGCAUACCAUAACAUCCAUGGAAGUGCAGAUGCUGCAUUUUACUUUCCUGUUUAUUUGUGUCUGCGUCCCCAACUAGACUGAGCUCGUUGUGGUCAGGAAUCAAGUCUUGUUCAUUUAUGUAUCCUCAGGGUCUAGCCCAGUGUCCUGCUCAGAGCAAGUAGGCAGGUACUUAAUAAAUGUUAUUGCCUAAAGAACGUCUGGAGAGCCGGAUGGGGGCACCAUGAAAGGGCCAGACAGUGGACGCCAGUCCUGGGUCACUGUCUGAGCACCUGGGAGGUCCUGGGUGGGGGGACGGGACAGUCUCCCACAGCCCUGGCUGCACUAUGGAAAUGA